UCCGUAUUUGUUGGUGUAAGGGAAAUAUCGUUGUUUUUUAAGAAGUGAUGGUUAUCUGACGUGAGGCUGUUGGUGAGUUUUCUGUCUACCUGGACAAGUGAACUCCAAAUGCAUUCAUUGCUGGAUAGAAAGAAGAAAGAAGCCGGGGUUGGGAUUGAUCUGUCUCCGAGCCCUUUUCCCCAAGCCGCGAGGAUGUUCAGCUGUGUUGGUUGCUUUUGGGUUCUCCUGUCGUCCGCCCUCGGUGCCGUUUGUUGUUUCAGUUUCAUAUCGCCUGCAUGGAUCGUGAAGGACCACCUGAAAAAUAAGGAUUCCGUGAGCUUCGGGUUACUUUGGCACUGCUCCGAGUCCAUGGACCACAUGUACAGAUGUUACACUUUUGGGGGCCUUGGAAAAUUCGACGAAAUUCCGUCCAGCUCGUGGCAGACGAGUGCGGUGCUGUGUUCGGGGGGCUGUGCGCUGCUGGCGGUGAGCUCCCUGCUGGCCAUCGUCACCAUCUUCCUCCCCGGCGGGCCGUGCGAGAGGAGGGCCUGCACGCUGGCCGGAUACAUGCAGAUGGCCGCAGUGUUCAUCAUGGGCUCUGGUCUGCUGGUGUACCCGUUUGGCCUCAACUCCAACCUGGUCAAGUCCUUCUGUGGAGACGCGGACAUCUACUAUGCGGGCGAGUGCCAGAUCGGCUGGGGCUACAUGCUGGCCAUCGUGGGGGUCAUGCUCACCCUCUUCCUGCCCUUCUUCGCCAAGUACGCCCCCAAAGAGCAGCUGUCCCCCACCCCCCUGCCCACCCUUUUAUAAUACAAUACGACCAACCGCCCCACCACUGCUCCUCCUGCCUACUGCUACUAUGAAAUAACAAGACACGGCCAGGCCAACUGACGGACUCUCCUCAUCCUUAGCUGUUCGCUACAGCAGGCUGAUGUCAAACUACAUGAAGAGAUCUCUCUGUGUGUAUUUGUUUGUGCUUUU